AGCGACAAGGUAAUACUCACAUAUGCACACCCUCCUAUUUUAUUUUAUUAAAUAUAUUUUCAUUCACCUUCGUAACUCGCAGGUCGAUAUCGAGAAAUUCACGAUCUAGUCCCAUUUGGAAACGCUUCCCACGUUUCGCUCGUAUCGAAAUCGACUUAUGAAAUGAUCUGAUACGCAUGUUCUAUCGCAACGGCCCAGGUGAAUUAAACUUCUACUUUUCGCGAGUGAAACCGCGUCGACGCGAUUCGCGCGCGUCUGGCCCUUUGUUCCCGACACGUGCGCGCUGCUCGUUUUUCGGUCCCUCGGUUUCUUGGCAUCGUCACUUUUUCGCUGGUCGUACCAGCGAGGGAGUCGAUCCUCGCCGCACGUAGAGAGUGGAUUCCAACUGCUCCGCGACGCGAACGAAAUUUUCGAUCCCUUAGUUCCUUUCUUACUGGACGCGUUCACGGUCCACCGUCGCGUCCAGCCAUAGGAAAAAUUUCGUUUUAAUAAUUAAAGCGACGGAUGAAAGCUGCGCGUUUAUUAAAAUUUUGCUAUUUUAUUCGAUGGAACAAACUUUUUCUCGUAAACUUGAAAAACCACAUGCGUAAUUCGAAUCGCAAUUUUUAUCGAACGAUCACGAAGAAUAGAGUUUGAUCUGACUCGUCGUUUUGGAGUUGUCUAUUCGGAUGAGAAUUUCGCUCGUUCGGGAAGAGAACAUUGCGUUUACGAAGCAUUCGGCGAAUUCGAAAGGCGGAAGUAUGUGAUCUGUGUAAACUUGAACGAGAGGGUGAUCGAAGCGAUAGGAGUGAAUUAGAAUAAAAAUGAUCGCGGCAAGAAUGUGGUGAAACUAGGUGGAGAUCGUACUCUGGCCCGGUGAGUGCUACCUGUUGAACGUUUUGUUGAACUCGUUGGUUACGGAGCCCCCGAUAAUGGACGGUUCAUCGUGGUGACACUGGCCUCUAAUUGGAUACAAUGGGACGGUACAUCCUGUUCUCCCUUCUGGCGCAAUUGGCGUUCGCUUUUCACCACCCGUUCCAGUUCCAGCCAGGCCAGUUUGAUACUACCAAGGAAACCAAAGGAUGUUGCAAUUGUGAAUUCAAAGACACGGCGUACUUAGAGUCCAAGUGCGGCGUGACAAACUCGUUUAUGACUUUAGUUCAAAACUUGAUGGCGCUUAGGUGUGAUAUUUCGGAUCCCUGCAGCAGGCUUGGCCGGGACGAUGUUCCUCACGAGGAAUGGUUCGACUUUAUCAUUGUCGGGGCCGGUGUAGCUGGACCCGUAAUCGCUAGGAGGUUGAGCGACAAUCAUUGGUGGAAGGUCCUGCUGAUCGAAGCGGGUCCUGAGGAGCCAUCCAUGACUGCCAUUCCAGGACUCGCGACUCACGCGGUAAAUUCGAGUCUGGAUUGGAAAUUCAAAACGGAACCUACAGAGCCUCAUCCGACCGCGUGUUUAGAAACGGAAGGCGUGUGUACGUGGCCUCGAGGGAAGAUGGUCUCCGGGACCAGUGGCAUGCACGGAAUGAUGUACGUGCGCGGACAUCCAGAGAUCUACAACAGCUGGGCUAGAUCGGGUGCCCACGGCUGGUCUUACGACGAGAUCGUGCAUUACUUCGAGCGCGCUGAAAAUCCCGUAGAUCCCUCGAUGCUAUCCGACAAACCGAGAACCGUCCCUAUACCAGGCCCCAUGAAGAUUCAGUAUUACCCUAACAAACCGACCUUCGCUGACCAAGUACUGAAGGCGGCCGACGAGCUGGGCUACCAGACGUCCAAGCUGAAGGAGUACACGCAGACUGGUUACAUGAUCGCCCCGAUGACGACCGAGAAUGGUCUACGCGGCACGACUGCGAGGAGUUACCUGAGACCAGUUCAUGGCAGAAGGAACCUGAGGGUUUUGAUCAACGCACACGUCACGAAGGUCCUGAUGAACCACUGGGACAGUAAAGCGUACGGCGUGGAGUUGAUAGACAAGAACGGUUUCAAGAGGGUGGUGAAGGCCAGAAAAGAGGUGAUCCUGACAGCUGGGGCGGUCGGGUCACCCCAGAUCCUGCUCAACUCCGGAAUAGGACCCAAGGAACACCUGACCAAGCUGGGCAUGCACGUGGUCAAGGAUCUGCCUGUAGGCAAGAAUCUACAAAACCACGUGUCCGUGGCGCUUUAUUUUAGUAUCAAGGACACUGCCUACGAAGCCAUGACGAUGGAUAGCGUGAACGAGUAUCUGGAAACCAGGUCUGGUAUUCUGACCAGCACAGGGCUCACCCAAAUAACAGCGUUCCAUUCGAGCAUCUACGCCACCAGUGGGGUACCAGACAUUCAGAUCUACUUCGACGGGUUCUCGCCAAAGUGUCCAAGAACAGGGCUGUCGUUCGAGUGCCUGAACGGUGCCCUUGCACUUUGUUCCGAUAGAAGAGAGAUAGUGAUGAGACCGACGGCGGUCACCAUAGCCAGUAAAGGGGAACUGAGGCUGCGAUCAGCUGACCCUCUAGCUCCGCCACUGAUUUAUCCUAAUUAUUUUACCGAUACGAAGGACAUGCUUGUUCUACUGGAAGGGAUCAAGAAGUCUAUUGAACUUAUGAACACGCAGACGAUGAAGAACUGGGAUCUGAGAUUGGAACCUGUGAUCCACCCUCUUUGCACCAACUACCACUUCGCCAGCGACGCAUACUGGGAAUGCUACAUAAGGGCCGCAACGGGGCCCGAGAAUCACCAAUCAGGAACUUGCAAAAUGGGUACCUACAACGAUCCAGCAGCAGUCGUGGAUCCUCAGCUUCGAGUGCGCGGAGUGUCGAACAUUCGCGUCGCCGACGCUUCCAUAUUCCCAAUUGUGCCAAACGGAAACCCAAUCGCCGCGAUCAUGAUGACGGCCGAAAAGGCGGCCGACAUGAUCACGCAUACGUGGUCGAAGAAGUGAACUUGGACGAUCAAUCUUUCACGUACUUUUCUUGGAACGUUUAAAUAAAGCUACUAUUUUUUAUCGUAAACUCUGAUAUUCACCUCUGAUCACCGACAUCUUUCCUGGCGGUAGAAUCGUUUUAUGGUAAUUUUUCGAUGUAUUUGUUCGGACUUUGAACCCUCAGCAUUCAGAACGUGGAUUUUGGGACACGGCAAAACGUAAACGUUUAACUUUCUAAUGCUGUGCAUUAAAAUUACGAUUUUAUAAUUUCGUUUAAUUAAGAUGCACGUCGUUUAGGAAUGUAUUAUUUAUGAACGAAGAAGAUAAACCGAACGAGGAAAAGCUAAGAACUCCGCUUUUAAUGCAUUAGGCAAAUCGAAUGAAAGAGACGCAGAGAAAAUUUUAAGUAGACAAUAUGGAUUGUAACCGAUAUAUAAUAUGCAUUUUGUUUUUCUUUUGAUUACUGGUUAACAGAAAUUCUUCUUUAUCACUUCAAAUAUGAAUCGAUAAAGCUGUGUAUUUGUCUGAGAAUCUAAUACUUCUUUGUGAGCAAUGAAUAAGUACCAUAAAUACUUGCAACACGGUCAUUCUUUGGAGUUUAACUAUGGAUUUUGGUUACGAUUACGACACUUACCUGAAACAAUAACGAAAAGUCAUGUUAAUGAGGAAAAUCAAGUUUUAUUUGAAUUAAAUUGCAUUUAGUCGGUUCAUGUAUUUCAAUUCAUUCAUUCAAAAAAGAAUGUCUUCAUUAUUUUUCAUCGAAGAAAGUAUGCAAGAUUUUAAUUUGAA